AUGAACUACGACAAUAGAGAAAUUGUCCAAGCCAAAAUAGAUCACUAUCAACGGUUCUUUAAACGUAAAAAUUUCAAACAAGAUCCUCACCUUCAAUACAUAAAGGUGUCAGUUAAGGAACCCAAGUAUAUUUACAAACACCAUGAUCAAGCUUAUUUAAAACUAGGAGUUCUGGAUCAGUCUAACUCCCUUGUUAGAAAUCGUGGUUUUGUGUCUCCGUUGGUUGCGUUCAACAAUUCAAUCAUUUCUCAGUCAUUCUACAUCCUCAUGACUUUGAUUUUGGUACUUAUUGUGGGUGUUGUUGUAUCCUUUGGAGUUAGGGAAUACUUAAUAAUUGCAAGAUCAAAGAGAAAUUUGCCAACAAGUGGAGUGAUCAACAAUGAACAAUGGUCUAGCGAUCAAGAAGUUCAGAAAUUGGUCACAGACAGAACUGACUUGCUGAGUUUAGAAAAGGUUAUACAGAAGCAAGAACCAUUGGCACAAGCUGGCAAUUUGAAAGACGAAUCUGGUUUAACAAAGUUUGCUGACGAUACCAUCACAACCGGUAAGAGUGAUUGGGGUCUACAACAAAAGUAUGACCUUACAAGUGCUGCGAUAAGCAUGGAUAUCACAGAGUCUGAACGAAAAGAUAAGGAUCAUACUAGUGGGUUUAGUGACAAAUCCAUCAGCAAAUUUGCAAAGCAGGUGUCACCAUUAGUGGCUUCAUUCAAGGAUGACAAGAUCCGCUAUAGCAUAGCGGAGUUGAUGAGUCUUGAUGCUAGUCAAUUAAACCUGGAAGUCAUUUGCAAGGCACCUCAAGGUAUUCAGAGAAUUCCAAUCUCUCAGUUGGUGUCAUGUCCAAUUAUAAUCCCUUCAACUAGAUUUGAACAUGCUUGGGAGGCAAAUAAAGCCAUCAUGGAGAUCAUGCAAACCAUCAAUGAGUCCGAAUUGAUAACUGAAAAGAUAUUUGCUGCCUUCAGACUCGUUUCUAUAGGCAAGCAGAGUGGAGUUUUCGAGAAUCCCAACCUCUUUUUGGGACAUUUCAACACAUGUGUUGAAGACUUGGUCCAUACUUGUACUUUAUUUGAUUUGUGGUCACUGUGCAGUGCCACACUUGUCUUAUUACUUCUCGAAUGUAUAAUGAACUAUUGCUGGUCCCAUGCUAGGUAUGAUGUACAUGUACAAAAUGCAAAACGACUGCGCAUGGAGCAACAGUUUAGCAAGUGGAAGGUCAGACAACCUUGUAUCCAGCCUCAAAUGCCAAUUCUUCGCAUCUUGUUUAACUUGUAUUUGGGCUUGAAAACGGCCAUUGCUUUACCAAAGGACGUCGCUAGAGAAAGUGAAUUGAAACUAAGUCUCAUUAUUCGCGAGCUCAUAAAGAAAACCAUUUGCAACGACUACGUUCAGGUAUUGCCCUUGAUUGCUAGAGCUUUAGAAGCAGCUUUACAUAAUAGGUCAAAGUUGUUUUUUUACGAAAUGACCAAGCUUUUGGUUUCCAACCACAAGAACUGUUGUAUGAAUGUAUAUCUCAAGGACUCUAAUUUCGAGUUGAAAGCUUUGCUCAGAGAAGGGUUGCUGAAUCCUGAGCUGGACCCUAUCUACAGAAGGUCGAAAGAGAUACUUGGACUAAUUCUUGAGUGUGGCAAAGUGGCAGAGAUUUGGCAAUUAGAAGUGUUGAAUGGCGAGAGCCAUACCCUGGCAAGUUUGCCAUUAUCUAGUGAGUAUACUGAACGUCUCUUUAUUCAGGAACCAAAAUUUGAAUAG